UCCAGUGUGAUACCUUUUGUGAACACUGGAUUAAACGACGGACCUAAUUCAAUGUGCUACGGCCGCAAUAACACUUUCGCUUCCGAUACAAAGCUGCGAUUCAUGGAGCAAAUAUAUGCUAUUGAUGUAUGUAUAAUAUGUAUUUAUUUCCAUGUAUACCACUGUGACAUAACCUCUGAUGUUAUGGGCAUGAGGUUGACAUGAGGCGGCGCUUUGACGGUCCUUAGUAGUUAUCAACCGUCACAGGAGGGCCUUUGUUUCUCUGUCCCCCACACCAUCAUCAUGGAGAUCUUAUACAUCAUCUGUGGACUAACAAUCUUGGUGGCUCUAAUAGCCCUUGGCUUUAUCUUAAUCAAUGUCUCCCGGCCACUGCAGCCACCACCCUUGGGUGUAUGCUCAUCAUCAGAUUCACCCUACGCGCCCGCUUUGUCGCAGCAAGGGUCAUACCACCAACCAUUCCACCGCCAGCUCCCGCCACCGCUUCCAGCAAUCCGAUAUCCCGAGACCCCUUCAAAAUAUUCUACACUUCAAGCGCCUUCGAGCUCGCAGCCCUCGCCGUAUCAGCCUCAUUGCCUGCCGAGCGCACAAUACCCACCAUCAGCCACCACCCCCCUUUUAUCUCGUGAUGCUUCAGUGCACAAGCCCGUCUAUUACACCCCUCAGCCACGUCGUCCUGUCGCAAGAGCGCCACUAGUAGUGCGCGUAGAACCUCCUGCUGCAAGAGCGCCGGAGUUACCUGUAGCGUGUGUAGUAAUUGACCCCCACGAAGACCCUAAGUCUCUUCGUCUCAAAGCUGUACAGGAAGGUGAUCGGAUGGGGAAAUGCUUCAAGGAGAGGAAACAAGCGAAAGCUAGGAAUCACCAACAGCGCACUAAAGAGCUUACCCAGAGGGGUGAGACACACAGGGCAAACAUGAUGCUCCUCGAUAAGGAAGCUAGCGCAAAGAUAUUUCAAGAAAAUAACCAAAACCGCAGAAAUGAAGUUGAUCUCCAUGGACUGUAUGUUUCAGAAGCAAAAUCCUAUUUCGACAUUUCUGUUCAAGCGGCUCGGGACCGCGGAGAAUCGUCGCUUCGUGUGAUCGUAGGAAAGGGAAAUCACUCCGAUAACAACAUUCCGAAGAUCAAACCUGCAAUCCAGGCUUACGGGGAAAGUUUGGGAUUGUCGAUUGAAGUAGACCAUCGCAAUGAUGGCUGCCUUAUUGUAAGCCUUUAAGUGAACUCACUGAAUGUUGAAUUUUUUUUGGUGAUUUCUAAUGCAUGUACCGUCUAUAGCCAAAUUCUGCUCAAUUGACUUAAGAAUUUUACGAUUAACUAAAUUAUGUAAAGUCUGACAGCCGUUAAAGUACCAUACGUAGUCAGCCAAUUGAACAUCAUUCAUC